CCACCCUGUCUGAUCAUCCAAUUGCCAAGAUGUGGAAAGCAGUAUAAGAUGUACCCACGCAUCCAACCUUCCUUAGUGUUGGAUAUCACUGAUAUAUUGGAGAAUGUCCCUCGAUCAUGUCACUGUUGCGGUCAUGUGGCUGAAGAGGAGUGUCUUGCCUGCUUUGACAUCAUGGAGGGGCUUGAAACAACAGCCUACUGCUCCCCAUGCAUGACUAAGGUGCACAGCCAUCGGAAGAGGGCCCACCACAGAAGCAAAAAGCUUCAGAUACCCCCUGAGGCCAGAGACAUAUUCCUCAGCUCAAAUUCACUGCCCGUCCCAAGAGCCCACAUGGAAUUGUUUGCUGUUGUUUGUAUUCACACAUCUCAUUAUGUAGCCUUUGUGAAAGGAGGAAGUGGUGCUGAUGCUCCAUGGUGUUUCUUUGACUCCAUGGCUGAUAGAGAAGGUGGUGAAACAGGUCACAAUAUUCCAGAGGUGGUGGAGCAUUCUGAUAUUGCCUACUGGUUAUCUGACAGCUGCACUCAGCAGGUACUCAGUGUCAAGGAAGAUAAGCGACUCCCUGAGCAUGUCAGACGGUUACUGUGUGAUGGAUACAUGUGCUUCUAUCAGAGUCAUGAUGUUCUCAUGUAUAGGUGA